AUGACUCGAAUUAUUUCUUUAACUGCCCUGGUGGCAGCUCUUGCUACGUUCAGUGCAGCUCGCCCGUCCUCUCACACCCACGCUGUCCACGAAAAGCGUGGUGCCAUCUCUGCUCGCUGGAGCAACGCUAUGCGAGUCAGGUCCGAUGCUGAUAUGCACGUCAAGAUUGGCUUAAGACAGAGCAAUCUUCACCACGGCCACGACAUAUUGAUGGAUGUAUCCAACCCCUCUUCCAAGAACUAUAGAAAGUUUUGGACUGAGGAAGAUGUUCAUAACAUGUUUGCUCCAUCAGAUGAGUCUGUAAGUGCCGUCAAGCACUGGCUCGCUGACUCUGGAAUUCACGAUAUUCGCAUCACGCACUCUGACAACAAGGGCUGGUUGGCCUUUAUUGCUUCUGGCGACGAGCUUGAGAAUCUGCUACACACAGACUUCUACGAGUAUAUUGACUCCGAGACGGGUGACAAGGCUAUUGCCGCUGAGCAGUACCAUGUCCCCAAGCACAUACAAGGGCACAUCGAUUACAUCACUCCUGGUAUCCGCCUGCCAUACCUCAGGAAGCGUAGUAACGUCAACAAAAUAUACAAGCCGGCUCAAACUCGCCAUGUCCCUAAAUUCGCCCCCAUGAGUGCUAACACUAUCGCCUGCGACAAGCUUAUUACUCCUGACUGUGUGGCUGCACUGUACAAUAUUCCUAAAGCCACAGUUACCCCUUCACCCAACAACUCGCUCGGUAUCUUUGAAGAGAACGACUACUAUACCCAGUCCGAUUUAGACAGCUUUUUCACACACUUCCCUUCCUAUAAGAUUCCUAACGGCACUGCCCCUACUCCAGCUUUCAUUGACGGCGCCAAGGCACCCGAACACUUCGGUGGUAGUGAGUCCAACUUGGACUUUAUGCUCGCCUAUCCUAUUAUCUAUCCUCAAAAUAUUACUCUGUACCAGACUGAUGAUCCUUACUACGCCACAGGCUCCCACUCUCAGGGAUACUUCAAUACUUUCCUGGAUGCGAUCGAUGGUUCCUACUGCACAUCAUGUUAUGCUGGCGAGUGCGGUAAUGAUCCUCUUGAUCCUAUUUACCCGGAUGUCAACUCUACUAGUGGCUACAAGGGCAAGCUUAUGUGCGGUGUCUAUAAGCCUACCAACGUUAUCUCAAUCUCUUAUGUUGGUUCUGAGGACUCUAUUCCUCGGUACUACUAUGAGCGUCAAUGCAAUGAAUUUAUGAAGCUUGGUCUCCGUGGUGUGUCCGUCUUCUUCGCCUCCGGAGACUCUGGUGUCGCCUCUCGCAAUGGCUGUCUUGGAAACAACACCAUUUUUAACCCAGAAAGGCCUGCUAGCUGCCCUUAUAUCACCAGUGUUGGUGCUACUAAGCUUCCUGAGAAUCGUACAGUCAAUGAUCCCGAGGUCGCUGCCAACGACCCAGCUGGACAUCCAUAUAUAUCAGCCUUUGCCUCAGGUGGUGGUUUCAGCAACGUCUUUAGCAUCCCUAACUAUCAGGCUGAUGCUGUUGCCAACUACUUUGAGAAGCAUAAUCCUCCUUACCCGUACUACAAUGGCAGUAUACUCGGUGAGAAUGGCGGUCUCUACAAUCGCUCUGGCCGUGGUUACCCUGAUGUCUCUGCUAAUGGUGAUAAUAUCGCUGUUUAUAACAAUGGGAAAUACACAAUUAAUGGCGGUACUUCUGCCUCCGCCCCUAUCUUCGCCUCCAUUGUCAACCGUAUCAUUGAUGAGCGUAUCGCCGCUGGUAAGAGCGGUCCUUUGGGCUUCUUGAACCCUAUCUUGUACAAGAACGCCGAUGCCUUCAAUGAUAUCACCGAGGGAACCAACUCCGGUUGCGGAACUGAUGGGUUUUCCACUGCGCCUGGCUGGGACCCUGUUACUGGGCUCGGGACCCCCAACUACCCCAAGUUGAAGGAAGUCCUCUUGAAUAUCUAA